CGCGACCGCCCGCCUCGUGUAUUCGUGCUCUCUUCCUGCGCCUUCCAUCUUUGCACCCGACACCCUCCGUUUAGGACAAGCUUGACCUCUUGUUAUCACGAUAUUUAUCCACGUUUCCCGGACUUUAACGAUAGUGACGAAUCAUGCCCAAGCAAUUGACCAAGUCCCCGCCACCAUCGCCUGGUGCCGAGCGCAAGGUUCGCUCGCCAGAACUCUGGCCAUAUAUACCCAGCAGCAACCCUGCAAGCCAAUACUCUCUACUAGAGAAGCUGGGGACGGGCAGCUUCGGUACGGUUUACAAGGCGAUCCAUAACGACUCUAAGCAGAUAGUCGCCAUCAAGCAGAUCGACCUCGAAGACUCGGAUGACGACAUUACCGAGAUACAGCAAGAGAUUGCGAGCCUCGCGCAGUGCGACUCCGAGUAUGUGACAAGAUACUACGGAUCCUUUGUCGUCGCAUACAAGCUGUGGAUUGUGAUGGAGUAUCUCGCCGGCGGCUCGUGUCUCGACCUCCUGAAGGCAGGCGUAUUCUCCGAAGCCCACAUCGCCGUCAUCAUGCGUGAGCUCCUGCUCGGCCUCGACUAUCUCCACAGCGAGGGCACCAUACACCGCGACAUUAAGGCGGCGAACGUCCUACUUUCGGCGUCUGGGAAGGUCAAACUCGCAGAUUUCGGUGUGGCUGCGCAGCUCACCAGCACUUUGCGACACACGUUCGUCGGCACGCCCUUUUGGAUGGCCCCGGAGGUGAUUCGGCAAGCGGGGUAUGAUGCGAAGGCGGACAUCUGGAGUCUUGGUAUCACUGCGAUAGAAAUGGCAAAGGGUGAGCCGCCCCUGGCAGAAUACCACCCCAUGAGGGUGCUCUUCUUGAUCCCGAAGGCGAAGCCACCCGUUCUCGAGGGUGCGUUCUCCCUGGCAUUUAAGGACUUCGUGGCUCAGUGCCUGACGAAGGACCCACACUCACGACCUACGACGAAGGAGCUCUUGCAACAUCGCUUUAUCAAGAACGCUCGCAAGACGUCAUAUCUCACUGAGCUCAUCGAGCGGUAUCAGGACUACCGUACGCGUUCCCCAGGCAGAGCCCCUCAGUACUAUCAGGCGACUGUCAGGAAUAGCGGAGCAUGGGACGGCACGCUGCGCAGCGACUGGGACUUCAACACGAUCCGGACGUCAUCCGCGAUGGGGUCACUUCGCAGCAUGGCUAAGGACAUUAUGCCCCCUGGCAUGGAGCCUGACGACGACUACGACGAGGUGCCCGAGGAGGACGAGGAGACGUACGAGGGGGACACCAUCGACACCACGGCCGCAACGACUAAGGGGAGUGACGUGCCCCUACAACCUACCGCCCUCGGCGGCAUUGGCAUGAACGCGGAUGCCGGCCACUCGACAAUCGUCAUCCGCUCAUUCUCCAAGUCCGAUGAGAAGGUCCCGUCGCUCAUGACAGACUCCGGGUCGGACGAGACCUCCACGGGCAGCCCGCCACUCGCAACACCAUCGCAGAGCGUCGAGAGCGUCGAAGCGCAGAUCGCGGACGCCGUCGAGCCGCCGCCUGCGUAUACCGGCUCCGUCCGGUCGUCGCGGCGGGCGUCGUACGCUGCGCGAAACAACGUAAUGACUGGAACCAUCAUCGGGGAGGCGGAUAUCGGGACUGGGGUGGAUACGAUCCGGCCUGUGAAGAAAGUGGAUACAGUACGGUCGCUGAGGUUAUCGGAGGAGUAUGUCGGAAGCAUCAGGAGCAGGGAGGGGAGCACGUCGUCGAACCCACCUUCCUCGCCUUCGAGCACGAAGGGCUCGCACAAGCGCGGUGCUACAGAGGCCCAGGCGGCUGGCAAGUCGCUGGUGGACGAUGUCUUGUUGCCGUUGUUGCAAAAGACGACAAGAGACGAUAUGGAUGCGAGGGAGAUCGAGUCGUUGAGUAUGAUCUCGCGCGGAUUCGAGGAGCUACGGGAUGUUAAUCCCGAGCUCGCCUAUAACCUGAUCCUCGACAUCUUGGCGGGCAUCAACGACAACCCUGCUGUUCGCAGCCAUAUUCAGACGCAGCGCUCGCUGUUCCCACAUAAGCGCAUCAUACGCAGAAGCGAGAUGACAGCGAAGGGUCUCAUCGUUACGGAGGAGGAAGAGAUAUCUGGGCUGCCCUCGACGUCGUCCCCGAUCCAGUCUCCGACGCAGCCAGAUCCUGGAUCACCAGUCCGGAAGUCCCCAAUUUCCGAACUAUUAUACCUGCGCUGGCUCGAAGGACUCAAGCUUAAAUGGCCGAGCGUAUUCUGAUGCGUCCACCUCGUCCUACGUCCCUUCGCCAACGUCCUGGCACGCCCGACGGGGAGACACACCUUGAGUGUCCCACCUGCGCGAACCCAACAGGGCGUUAAGCGCCAAUGCUCCACGCAUCGCUCGGUCCGCGCAACCGUCUUGUUCUCAUCUUCGGACCUUCACGCCGUCAUUCGUGAUCUCUCAGCGGUCGACAUAUUCCUUUCGCCCCGGCUAGGGCUUACUUACGCUCUCUCGUUCAUGGCUGGGACAAUUCGGAUACUAAUAGUGAUGGUCGUGUCAUGCAUACAUUCCCCUCCCAAUAUCCCACCUUCCCCUAUGGCUCACGCCCCAUUUUUCAUUCUUCAUUGCGUUCGACAGGCGUGCAUCACCAACUGCCCCCUUCCUCGGUACAUAUUUCCAGCGUCGCAUUUACUUUAUCGCCUCUGCAUUCUGUCUCCGGCUAGUAUCACUUACUGACCUUCACGGCCUCCUGCUUGCUUCAUUCAACUCCGUCUUUACCUUCCGCACCGCGCACAGCGCCUUCCCCGUUCACCCCACGUGCCGCAUUAAUGAUCUCAUGACGUAACGAGUGUCUCGAGUGUUUGCGAUUGUACGUUGUCCGCAUGGUCGCAUUGGUGCGUCUGUACAUACCGUGUUCCGCAGGUUGCGUAUACACGAAGUCGGCUUGUCUUAUAUCAACCCGACUGUGUGCUGCUAGACCUUUCUGGGGCUGAACUCCGAUACGGCCUCUGUGAACGUUGCAGCACUGCCUGUUGGAGCAACUGACAGACAAUGUGACGCGACCAUUUGUCUUGAUGACUGUUCAUACACAUCUAGGAACAGGCGCAACCCGCCAGAGGAAACAUUGUGAAGUUGAUACUGUGCGAGCGCUUGCGAAAUCGAGUGGAAGUGACUUAAGACGCACGGACUUCGUGGCUUCGGGCAGCGAUGACAGAUGCACGACCGGCGUGCCUGGACCGGGAUGUGUCCUGAAGAACGAAUGCGAGUACGAGCGUCAUGCAUGCAAUUACCUGCCCUGCCGCCGAUGUCCGAGGAAGAUGCAAAUACAUCGCAGGAUGGGAACUGCUGAAUACCGAGUCGUUGCUGGAUCUUUCUCUGGCUGCCCGGUCAAGCCCGGGAACGCAAAGCCUCGGACCCACAUGCCAUCUUCGCGGUGGCAUUGAGGAGUCACUGCCAUCGAGAUGAACAGAGCGAGAGGCGAGUGUUAUGGCAUCGAUGUCGGUGCUGGCAGAUCGGCCUCCGGCAGCGCGUGUCAUGUUUGCGUCUAUUGAAUGGGCGGGACGAGGCGUUGACUAAAAGCUGACAGGCAGCGUUGGAUGACUCGCUCAGUCUUGCCUAAGCCUGCGUAUUGUGCCACACGAAGCAUGGGGGAGGAACCGAAAGAUGGCACUGGAGGAAGGCUCUUUGCCACCGGGUGGAAGGUAAGGCAAGACAGACAACGGCAUAUGCCCAAUUAUCCAUGGAAUCAUUCAGGGCUAAGGGAUGGGUAUGUGAAGUCGCCACAUGUGUUGUGCCCUUGAGUUUCCCAACAUGCUGCUCUCAUCCAGCGUCACCGGCGUCCGUGGCUGCGAGUUCUUCUUUCGCCGGAAGUCCGCAAAGACGCGCUUGUACAAUCUGCUCUGACUUGUCGAGAGGCGCGAAGUGAGUUUUGGGGCCAUCCAAAACGAUGCCAUCUACGUGGUUUGGACCACCUUCAGGAUAACGGCCCGGUCAGAAUGGAAUGUCAGCGUCAUGGCAUACCACACUAAGUACUUCUGCGACUGACGACUGUGGCAGGGCGUCGGGCGAGCAGUGGCGUGUCCGUGGACUGCUUCGAGUUCACCAUCGACCCCUGUCCUGGAGCUGUCCAGCCUGCAGAGGCAUUGCGUUUGGCAAAUGCCUACACUACAUAGCUCUCGUCUACACCUCGAAGGGAUGCCGAACGAUAUUGCUCGGCCUGACAUGCAAGUCACGAAUCAGGUUUGUCGGAUGUAGAAGCACUCGAGACUCACCCAGAUUGAACUCCGAAUCCCAGUUGCGACGCAACAGGGACGCCGCAGAGAAACCGCUCUCGCUGCGUAGAAAGCGCGUUUCUUUCGCUCCGAUACGAGUGGAAGUUCAAGGUUCCAUCCGAUCUUCGAGAGCACGCUCGGCUCGGCCUACCAGCACGGCAGCGCACAUUGUAUGUGUUUUCCGUCUAGACGAUGACGCGCGGCUCGCCAACGACACCCGACGCAGUGGUCGGCAUGUUGGUCCAUGUAUGCGCCCAUUCCGGUGCCUGUUUGGCUUCCAGAUCUCUCGAUCGUUGAAGGGACGUCGGUCUGCCUUGUUCACACGCUUCGCAGAACCUUCACGAGCCCGCGGCUGCAUUCUCUUCCCAUGUCUCCUGAAUAGUCUGAAGCAUAGCCAGCUAUAUAUGUGGCUGACGACGUCCAUUCACGCGACGCCACCUUGCCAAGACGAUAGGUCGCUUCCUUCCCGCACGCAACGCCUCGGACCGACUGCAGGAGUGGAAGGAACGGACGCAGGGCAACGCUUCUGCGUUUGCUACCUGUCUUAUUUUGAUAGAGCCAAAUCCAAAGGGGGGGAACCUCACAGUGCGUACGAUACGACGAUCCGGCCGACCCCAACCGAACAAAGGAAUGACGAGUGGUAAGCACGAAAGUGACAGCCCGAUUUGCCAUUACCGAGUCCCUAGAUUAUGUGAGGUCCGUGAUGGGUCGUAAGUACGUGAGUGUCCAAGGAAUAUACACGAAGGGUCCUGGUGCUAGGGGAGGGACGGCCCAGGUCGUCGACGGGUAGGGUUCAUCAAACAUCCUACCUCGAUAAAUGAUCAGGGGGAGUAGUCCCAGGUGGCGGGUAUUACAAAGUCUAGUCUGUAUGGAAGCCGCGAUGGAUAGUCAAUCAUGGUUGCACUGUCCUCGCACGGAGCCUAAACCAAGCUGCAGAAAAGCGCAGAGAUAACAUCGGACCAUGCUAGCCCUCCUACAGGAACUCAGAGCACGAGCGCAGCGCCAGCGACACUGAGCAAUGUCACGAUGCCAGCCAACAUGGGUGAUGCGAACCGCGCCCCAGCGCCGUUGUGAGAGGCGUCACCGCUCCCCGUGGCCUGUGCUGACUUGGAGGUGCCGGUCGUGCUCGCCGCGUUGUUGCCAGCGGCACCGCUGCUGCUGCUCUUCGUUGUAGUCGCGUUGGAGGGCGCGGCGCUCGCGGACGAGGGCGUUGUUGACGCUGGUGCGGACGCAGGGACGCCGACGGUUCCGAGGACCACAGCGCCGUUGUCGUCCGGAGAGUUCUGGUAGACACCGGUGUUAUUGAUCUCAGCGAUACUCUGGAACUUCCAGCCGUUCUGCGCGAUCAGCGGGAACGCCUGGAUAAAGCGCCGACGGUUUCGUUGCUGAGCUCGUGCUCGAGGAUGAUAAGGCCGGGCGACUUGGGGCCCGUGAUCCACUUCUGGAGAUUCGCAUUGACAGCAUCGCGCGUGGCUCCACCAGGCGAGCCGAUGCUCCAGUCCUCGGUGUCCUGGUUCCAGAUGACCGUGGUGAGACCGAAGACCUCCUUAGCGAUGGCCCGGACACGGUUAUCAGCAUCACCGUACGGAGGACGCCAGAACUUGGGCAAACGGCCACCCGUAGAGUUGUGAAUGAGCUCCAUCGUCCAGCCGAGCUCGCCGACGACCGAAAGAUCGCUGAGCGUGGUCAUGUAGGGAUGGGUCCACGUGUGAACAGCAAUGUCACUCUGGAGAGUGUUCCAAGCAUACAGGAACUCGUUAGGGUACCAGAGGAUGUUGGUCCCGAUGUAGAAGUGUGUAGUCUUCAGGUUGUUCUCGUGGAGGAGCUCAUAGAGCGCCUGAGAUGUGUCGAGAGGGCCAUCGUCGAAACUCGACCCGAAGACACCGUCGGGAGCGUCCCAAAUAUCGCCCGGGCUGCGACACUUGUAUGUCGCCGAGCAGACAACAUUCCCGUUCGGGUCGAGGUUACCGUAGGUGGGGUUGCCGCCGUUGGAUUGGGUCGCGACAGGGACGUUGGUCGGAAUCUUGCCUGCGCUCUUGGCGCUGUUGUAGGCAUCGACCCACGCUUGCGGGAGGGCGUUGGGGUCCACUUUGAGGGGGAAACCAGCGGACCAUUCUGGGGAGCCGACGGCGGCAUAGGUGAUACCGUCAGUAGCGCCGCGUUUGAAAAGGGCGUGGGCGGGGUGAUCAUCGUCGUGGUACCAGCGGCCAGGAAGGGCCUUGUCAAGAGCAUGGUCGUGAUCAUGCGAGUCGUGAGUGACGGCAGCAGCGGCGGAGAGGGCGGCGGCGAGGAGUAGUAAUGAAUGAAUGACGGAAGGAGGCAUAGCGGCAGACUGGACAGAAAGGAGAAAAGACGACGGGGAGGGACGGGCGC